AUGCUAGGUCUGCAGAAAAUAAUUGACCUCUCCAUGUCAAUCAAUUUAUCGAAUGUGGAACCAGAUCUGAUCAAAUCGACAGAUGAAUACCCUUUGGAGGUGAUUCCUGGAGAAUUCCACGAACAGCAAGUCUAUAUAACGGACCCUGCUAUGAUUCAUGACAUUUCAAAACUAAAUUAUGGUCGAAUAAGUAGAGAUAAAUCCAUGGAUAAAAUAGAACAACAAGAUUUAAAACGUCACAUCAUUGAAAUGGCUACCACUUUUUACAGAUACAAUAAUAAACAUUUACGAGAUAACGUAAGGAAACCAUCAGUCACUACAGUGAGCAAGUAUUUCGGUAUAGCAAGGCAAACCUUUGAUGAUCAUUUAAAAGGUUUCCAUAAAAAUAGUGUCAUAUUCGGAGCUGCAUCAAAACCUUUAUUGGAAUCAAAUGAAAUAUUGUUAUUCAAGGCAAUGUUAAGUAUUGCUCAUAAUAAUGAGUUCCCAUUACCUAACAUGGACGAUGAUUUAAAAUAUUAUAUUGAAAGGUUCUUAAAUAGGAAAAAAUUGGCUUUGAAUGAAACUGAAACUGUUGACGAAUUAUUAGACAAACUAAAUAAUGCUACCACUAUCAGUCCGAGUGAUCCGCAUAAUGAUCCUUUCACGUUACUUUCUGCAUAUUCUAUCAUCCACGACGGGAUAUUAAUUAAAACGUCCGAUUUGAAUGAUCAUACGUUCAAUAGUAAACUGAGGAAUACAUUCAAUGCAUUAAAUUAUAUCAAGAGACUCGCUAAAAAUAAUAAUGUCAUGAAAAAUAGGAAUAAUAGUAAUGUUAACAGCGGUUCUUCCUCAAAUAAUAAAGUGGUUAGUAAACGUACUAUUACGAGAAUUAGACAAAAAUUGGGCAUUUCACAAAAGAAAAGGAAAUUAUUGAUCAACGAGAAACUACAUCCAACCAUUAACAACAAUAAUAAUGACAAUAACAAUCGUGAAAACAGAAAUUGUAAUGAUGAAGAUGAUCAGGUUAAAAAUAAGGAAUGGCUGAGGUCCAACAUUUUAUUCAACCAAUCUUUAACUGAAUAUGAUGAUCGUAUUUGGAAUUGUGACGAAAUAUUAAUUAAAGUAGGGGAAAUUGGUGAUAGAUAUCGUUCUCCUAAAAAAUUGAAAAGCAAAAUAUCAACAAAUAAUAAUAAUAAUAAUGAUAAUAAUAAUACUAAGAACGCAUCACUUUUACAUAUCGAAGAACAAGAGAGACGAAAACAACCCUUUAAUAUACCUGGUGGGCAUGGAACUCAAAUUCAAAAUCCUGAGGAUGACCGUAGAUCAAAUGGAAGUAAAAUCGAAACAAAAGAAUCACGACAAAACAACGAUGAAAAGAGAAAUAGAAACGAGAACGAAAAUUAUUUCCAUAAGUCAUUUCAAUCUAAUAAUAACACAGAUAAUAUCAGUGAAAGUGUCAUAGAUACAUUAUUAAGAACAGAAGACAAUAGGGGUAACAAUGACAAUGGCAGCUAUUCAUUGGAUGGAAUCGAUACUGUGAGUUCUUCAAGAAUACCGCAUGAUUUAGACCAUAUAGGCCAUCAAACUGUUAAUCCUGUGGAUCUAGGGGAUCAUUCUAAGUUUGCACAUCAAAUCCAUUAUAACUUUGAUGAUACGGAAAAAAAUCAACCAUCAGCUAAAGAUGGUAAUGACGGAGAAGAAGAGGAUGAGGAGCAAUCAACAGGAGGAAUGAGGGAGGACAGUAACUUGCAAGACACUACUACUACUACUACUACUACUAAUAAUAAUAAUAAUACUGUUAUGAUUUCAAUAGCUGAUGAUGAGUUUUCUUUACUAUACACUGUAGGCAUUGAUGGAUCUAUUUUGAAGCCAAAUAUCAUCUUGAAUUCGGAGUAUGAUAACCGCACUAAUGGCAGAGAUUCCAUCAUUUCACAAAUAAAAUAUAAUCGGAUGAAGGAUGAUUGGAUCAUCACAAUCCCUUCAAAAGAAGAUGAAGAAGAAAGGAACAAAAUCGAAAUAUUUUCCAAGUAUAUCAUAGAAUGUUUCCAUAAACAAACUGCAAAAUUCUUACAAUCGAAAGGUUUAGAUUAUCAUAGUACAAGACGAUUAUUAAUUAUUAAUUCUGAAAUUAUACCCUUCCAAAUGGAUUUUCUACGAGUUUUAAAUGAAUUAAAUAUUGAUCUUUUAAUUAUUCCUUCAUAUUCUUCCACUAUGUUACAACCAUUAGAUUUCGGGAUUCUAAAUUUCUUCAAAUCUGAAUUGAGAAAAUUGAAUAGACAGUGGUAUUCAGGUUCUUUGGUCAUACCAAAAAUGUACAAAGAUGAACAUGUUGAUGACCAUACGACUAAUAAUAAUGAGGCACAAAAUAAUUACUUUCUAAAUCAUGACUAUGAGCAUAAUAAUAAUCAUGGUUAUACGAUACAUCAAAAUCUUAAUAACUCAAUAUCCGAUGAUCAUCAGAGAAAGAAAGCUAAAGAUAGCAAUACAGACGAUAUGACGCUGACUGAUCAAAUUGAAAUUAUUUAUUACCUUCAGAAUUCAUUAUCCAAGAGAAUCAAAAAUAUUCAUGAUAUUGUUAGAAAUGGGUUUGGACGUGUAAUGAUCAAUGUCGGAUUGAAUCAUGGCAAAUUAAUGCAGUUUAUAUAUAACUGUGAAGAAAAUAUUAGAUUGAAAGAGCUAGACAACGGUGCUACGGCCUUGCCAGGGAAUGAAAUGUCUGGGAGAAUAAGAAGAAGUAAUAUAGACAUUACUCCACCACAUACGGCAGAGGAGAGAAGGCAAGAUGAGCACCACCAUAUAAAAUUUAAUGAUGAUAAUAAUGAUGAUGAUGAUGAGGAAGAAGAGGAGGAACAAGAAGAAGAAACUUUGUAUCACAAGGAAUCGCAAAGGUAUAGUCAUAAGAUUGAUGAUGAUCAUGAGCAUAAUCAUACUAAUAACCAUUUCACGGUUCCUAUGUCCAAUCAUCCUAAUAAUCACCAUACCACUACUAAUACGAAUCAUAAUGAGAAUGGGAAUGAACAUGAGGCAAUGUUAACUAAUUCUGCUAAUACAGAGGAUGAUUUACGAUUAGCCAAUAUUGUUAGAGAGAAUAUCUCUGAUGCUACCAUGACAUCAGUAUUUUUUGAGCCAUUAUUACCUGUUCCAGAUUUAGAAGGGAAUCAAUCUCAUCAUGACUUUACUAACAGUGACAAUGCCAAUAAUAAUGACACUAAUAAUAAUAGUAAUAAUAAUAAUACUAAUAAUUCGCAUGGAAUGGAUUAA